ACUGUAAUUAAACUGUACAGUGUGUGGAUUUAGUUUGAUACGGCAGGGGAUUGUGAUUAUUGGUCAUUGUUAAUGAACUAAAAAUCAGUGUGCAAAAAAAAAACGGUACCAAAGAAGAAAAUCAAAAAAGUCAUGCCUUGGGACUAAUGCAUUAACGCUUUUAUGCAAAUCCUUAAUUAUGUCUAAUACAUUACAUUUAAAAGAAUUAGUCAGUCAAACUAAGCGUGAAAACCCAGAGUGACCCUAAUAUUCAUUUAGUUAUUGUGAUUUUUAGUGUAAUGUAGGCUAUUUUAAAGUUUUGCUGUAGGAAAAGAAGAAAAGCUAUAUUCAAACACUCAAGUACACGUAGCGCCAUCAAACACAACACUGAUUUAAUGCUUAGGUUUAAUAAAAACCUUUUCUGUUUUAUUGUUUAUUUUUUUUCUCUCCAAAAUCAGUUUGGGACCCCGCAAACGAAGAGUUCCCGACGACGGCGUCCGGGAAGGUGAGUUGUGAAAAACGAAAGAAGGGAGAAAGCACGUGUACGCGAGCAGCUGAAAUCGAUAAAUCAACUGAUCGAUGCUCUGAAACAUCGGGAUCACCGUCUGGCCGUCGAUACGGAGCAGCGCGCGCUCUCUGCUUAAGGACCGCCUCGCGGGCGACGGGACGCUGGCCAAUACGAUCCAAAAGUCGCGGAAACCUUUGUGCGGCGAGCGUUUCCACGCGCGAAAAUGAUCCGGGAUGGGGAAUAAUCCGAGGGAGAGACAAAGAGAGGGGGAAAGAUCACUGAUGACGGCGGCGGCGGCGGCCUAGAAACAUCAGGAAUUCCUCGCUCCGCUCGACUGGAUCUUUAAGGCGAUGGGGGAUUUUACGCAUUACCAAGAAAACGGGCUCGCUUUCCUCCUCCGCGUGGUUUCGGCUCGGAGGAGGAUGCACUGAAGUCUCGCGCGCGCGGUCUGAGAGUCUGCGGCUCGCGUGAAAAGGAACGGCGGCUCUGCGCAUUGAUGCGUGCGUGCGCGAGCGCGUACGCGUGCUCUCCCGUGACCGAUGGCACUGGAAACCGUGCGCAACGGCUAUGUGCGCACUUGUGUCACUCCCGCGGAGCAGGACUGCUGGCACUCGCGCUUGGCUCUCGUGUGGAGCCGUAGGAGCCUCUCCUCGGCCGCGUGCGUCGCCUCGCUGUCCGUGCUGCUCGCGCUGCUCGCCGCGGACUGGGACGCGGAGCGCGCGUGUCACUUGGUGACGCUCGCGGAGCUCGCGUGGCAGCUGCUCUCCCCCGUCUUCACGCUCGUGUGUGCCUUCUUCUGGGUGGGCGUGUAUCUGCUCCGCUGCGGGGUGCUCAUCCGCACCGCCGUGUUCCUGCUCACCGUGUGCCAUCUGGGCGAAGCGGCGGCGCAGUCGCUGUUGGAUGCGCAGCAGCUGUACUCGUUCGCCGCCACCGCGCUGGUGCUGCUCGCCUGCCUGGCCAGCGGGGCGCUCAUGGUGGUGCGUCUGGGUCAGGGCAUCUCCGUGCUCCUGUUCAUCAGCAUCAUCAGGACCGUAUCGCUGCUGUCUCUGCAGAAGGUGCGCGCCAGCUGGAGACCCUACCUGGCGUACCUGCUCGGGGUGCUGGGGGUCCUGCUGGCGAGGUAUGCGGACAGGCUGCUGCCACCGGAGCAGGGCGCAUCACACCGGGAGGGAUCGAGGGGAGAUAUUCCGGUAUUUAAGAGGCGCAGGAGGUCCAGCUCCGUAGUCUCGUCAGACAUGGCACAGCACGGCCAGCCCAGGAGCAAAUCUCACAGGAGGACGUCGCUGCCCUGCUUGCAGAGGGACCAGAUGCUCCCACAGCAAGAAUGGGACCACAAAAGAGGCGCCCGAGGAUCUCAGCCAUCCGGCCUAAUGCAAUCUUCGGGCACCAGCGUGACGGUGGACAUCGCGGUGAUGGGCGAGGCCCACGGACUGAUCUCGGACCUGCUGGCUGACCCCUCCCUCCCGCCCAACACCUGCAGCACCCUUCGGGCCGUCAGUAACCUACUCAGCACCCAGUUCACCUUCCAGCCGCUGCACCACCGGCCCCGUCUGAGCCCCCUGCUGGCCUUCAGCGACGGACACGCCUGCUCCGACUCGGAGGAGGCGCCGGAGAAAGGAGAGAGGCUGGCCAUCCCCAAGCGUUUGAGGCGGAGUUUGCCUCCGGGGCUUUUGAGACGCAUUUCUUCCACGUGGACCACCACCACCUCAGCCACGGGCCUGCCCACCCUCGAACCCGGGCCGGUCAGACGCGACCGCAGUGCCAGCAUCAAAGCACCUCACGAUGGCCCUUCCAGCAGUUUGGUGAACAGUGAUUCAUGGAACAACUCUGUUAUGCUCAGCCUUUCCAAGAGCAGGUCCAUGUCCGCUUCAUACGCUGCCUCCGCCACCACCAACCACAUCUAUAGCAAGAGCCGAAGAGGUUACCCUUCUUCCAACAUCUCACCUCUGGCCUCCCCCUGCCACUCCCCUCCGGUCCAGGGCACUCCUCUCACCAGCCCCACCAACAAAAGCCCAUCGGUGGAGCUGCCGGACGCAGAGCUUCCUCCGCCACUGAGCCCUCACAAAGCCUUAACCCACAGUCAGAGCGCCCCCAGCUCCAGCACCUCCCAGUGGGUGCCGCCUCCACUUUGUAGCAGCUGUGGAAGGCCGUACAGUAAACCGAGGCACGGGGACGGCUCCAUGGACGCCGGAGACCGAACACAACAGUCAGACGAGCCGCUGAUAUUGUCGUCGGACUACGACAGCACCUACGAGACCAACCACAGUGACAGCAGCGACUUUGCACAGAACGAGGAGGACAGAGAGGCUCGCAGGAAAGCCUGCGGGACGUUCCCGCUCGCCGAGGACAAGCCCAUCUUGGCCCCGGAGCCGCUGGUGAUGGAGGGCCUGGAGCCCCUCAUGAGUCAGAUCAACAACUGGAACUUCCCCAUCUUCAGUCUGGUGGAGAAAACCAACGGCAGAUGCGGCUGCAUCCUCAGCCAGGUGUCUUACCGGUUGUUUGUGGAUACGGGACUCUUCGAGACGUUCAAGAUCCCAGUGAGGGAGUUCAUGAACUACUUCCACGCUCUGGAGAACGGAUACAGGGACAUCCCUUAUCACAACAGGAUUCAUGCGACGGACGUGCUGCACGCGGUCUGGUACCUCACCACCCAGCCUGUGCCUGGUUUACCCACCCUGACAUCCCUGAGUGACUCGGACUCUGACGGGGGCCUGGCCCUCGGCUGCACGCGGUACCUGAUGUCCAGGACGUAUCCUGCGGAGGAGGAGGGUUACGGCUGUCUGUCGGGCCUCAUCCCCGCUCUGGAGCUGAUGGCGCUCUACGUGGCCGCUGCCAUGCAUGACUACGACCACCCCGGCCGGACCAACGCCUUCCUGGUGGCCACCAGCGCUCCUCAGGCCGUCCUUUAUAAUGACCGCUCGGUGCUGGAGAACCAUCACGCGGCGUCCGCCUGGAAUCUGUUCAUGUCACGGCCCGAGUACAACUUUCUGGCCAGUCUGGACCACAUGGACUUCAAGCGCUUUCGCUUCCUGGUCAUCGAGGCCAUCCUGGCCACCGACCUCAAGAAACACUUUGACUUUCUGGCCGAAUUCAAUGCCAAGGUGGGAGAUGACGGCUGCUCGGGCAUCGAUUGGGCGAACGAGAACGACCGCCUGCUGGUCUGCCAGAUGUGUAUUAAGUUAGCGGACAUAAACGGCCCGUUGAAGAGCAAGGAGCUUCACUUGCAGUGGACGGAGGGCAUCGUCAACGAGUUUUACGAGCAGGGUGAUGAAGAGUCCAGUUUGGGCCUUCCCAUCAGCCCCUUCAUGGACCGCUCAGCACCGCAGCUGGCCAAACUGCAGGAGUCCUUCAUCACACACAUCGUGGGUCCUCUUUGCAGCUCAUACGAUUCAGCCGCUCUCAUGCCCGGCCACUGGGUCGACCCUCUGCCCAAAGAGGCUGAAGAUGCUGAGGAAGAGACGGAUGAAGAGGAGGAGGAAGACACGCCGGAGGAAGACACCUCCACCAGCUCUGAACUUUCCCAGAAACCAGCACCCAAGAAACGACGGAAAGUGUUCUGCCAGAUCACCCAGCACCUGCUGGAGAACCACGAGAUGUGGAAGAAGGUCAUCGCUGAAGAGUCCCAAAGUCAGACCGAAGGGGAGGAGUCCACAUGCCUCACUAACACCCCUGAGCCAAUCCUAGCCAUCGACGAGGAGGAGGAGGAGCCAGGGAGCAAGGAGGAGCCUGCAGACGGCCAGGAGGAGGAGUCAACCGAGGAGGAGGAGGAGGAGGAGAGUCCUGUACCUGACGAGACACACCAAACAGAGGAAACAGAUGGCACGACUGUAGAAGAUGACGCGGAGCUAAUAGGAAAACAAGAGGAAGACGAGAAAGAGGAUCCGGAAUGAAUUACUUGCCGUUUUUAGACGUCAUCCUAAAGCGUUUCAUCGGCAAGCGAGACUUCUAAGAAAUGGUUGCCAGCACAUCACUUAGACACAACACUGUAGAUGCUUGGGGAACAUGUGCCUAAAGGAAACAGGGUGGGACGGGGUGGAUCGGGAUGAAGGGUUUGACUAACAAUGAGCAGGCGGGGAACUUUUGAGGUUUGAUGCUAAAAUUGGGAGUUCUCCAGGGGGUUUCCUAUAUUUUCUAGACUUACGUUGGUCAGUUUUUUGCAAGUCCUUCUCCAGCUGCACCUUAACCCCCAAAACGACGACAGGGGUCCCAGUGACCUGAAGUUUUGCAACAAGCAUUUCCGAGGAGCUCGCAUGUCAAAGUCAGGGGGAAAACAAGAAACCAAUCCACCAUCGUCGGCAGCGGACGAAAGCAAACGCUCCGAAAACUGCAUGCGUUUGUGAAAAGAUACACUAUGAGUUUGCGCGUCUGUCCUGCCAUUUGCUCUUUAGUUUUGUUGGUUUUGGGUUUUUUUUUUUUACAGCAAACGCUUGCGCCACUGUCUCAUUUCCGAAGGCGUCGAGCCCUUCCCUUCCCUCACCUUUCUCCCUUGGCAUUCCACGAACUGAGAUUUUGCGUUUCUCAGGAUCAGACUGUUUUUGGAGAACUGUACAAGGAGUCAUUGGUUUUUACAGACUUUCUUGCAGCUUUCUAAUCUUUUUUGGAUCUUGAUUUGUGGACAAAGGGAAUCUUUAGUUGUUUUUUAAAACUCUAACUUCUUCAAAACGCCAAUGGCCUUUUAGCCCAAUUGUUGUUUUACCAGGUGAUUUGAUAUAUAUAAAUAUACAUAUAUAUAUACACACACACACAUACAAAUGCAUAAGGCGUGCAAUAGUACAUCACGUCAUCCCUAGUCAUUGUACCGUCCGAAACUACAGACGCUCUUAUUCUCUCCCUCCUUCUGUUCUUGCAUUUAAGCUAAGUUUGAGAGCCAAGUCGACAGCUCCAACAAGUUUGGCUGAUCAAAGGCGCAAACUGGGACAACGGGAAGGCCUCAGGCUCCCACGUUCCCCCGCAGUCGCAUGUUUUCCCUCCGAACAAGGCUGUGGUUAUGCUUCACAGUCGUCUCACGCAGUGGUCAUGCAGGAGAUCCACAGCCCAAGGGACGAAACGCCGAACGCCGUCCCUCUCACAUGAGAGCAUGUGUCGCACAUGAGAUACGUUCACCGGUCAACGCCGCUGUUCGCAUUUGCCUUUGAUGUGCCGAAAGAGGCAGAUUGCUCGCGACGGCGAGAUGAAACACUUCUGCGGGCUUAAUCACCUCGGGUCCCAUGUCUAAUCGGACGCCUUCAGACGCUUUGAAGGAGAGCCAAUUAAAAACGUCUAGGUAGGACGCGACGGUCACGUGCUCAUCUUUGAAAGCCCCCUUCGAUCGCAAUGCGGUGUAAGCCUUAAUAUUACCAGGCAACGUGGUGCAAUGUAGUCCGGCGAAUUAUUUAAGCAAUACCGACCCUAAGUGUACAGCAGAUUGGUAGCGUUUCCGAUUGCACUUUCUUUUGGUUGCUGUGUACAUCUCACACAGCUCAAGCGUGCGUGUGCCAAAAAUGACUUCAAAUCCAUUCUCCCCAAAGUACCAAACCCCAUCAGGAGCGUGUCGAGGCCGUGUGUGUGUGUGUUUGCGAUGCAGCGUGAGUGCUUCUUAUUUGUACGUGGCCCCAGUUUUAGAGGGUAUAUUAUAUUUCUGCAUUAGGCCGUAGAUUUGUAACCCCAGGCCGGAGAUAUUAACCCUUUGGUGCAUGAGUUAUUAAAUCACAAAUUAAAAUAGUCUUAAUGUUUUUUUUUUUUUUUUAUUACCUUUCUUUUUUUAAAAAAAGGAAAAAAAUAUAAAUUCCCAGUCUGCAUUAAUGCAUCUUAGAACAUUACUGUCCACUGCAAUAAAAGGUAGUAGUAGUUAUGUGGUGCUUCACUUUCGUUUGAUGGUUUGAAUUUAGGUUGCCAUAGUAAGCAUACGAAAAAGCAUUAUUGCAGUGAAUUAUCGAUAAGGGUCAAAAGUUAUCAAUUUAAAAAUAGCCUUUGAAGGUAUGCCCACUGUAGACAAAUCCUAAGAGUAUUGUUAGAUCCCCUGAAUAAACCAUCAUGCCAGAGAUAUUAACGUUUGGUGCAUUGACUAAAAUAAAAUAAAAAAAUAGUUUCCUGAAUCAGAAUUAACUUCUCAUAACCUAAAAUCAAAUCCUGAGAAAUAAAAUCCCCUUAAAUAUGUCACUGUAACUCAGAGAUAGAAAUCCUUUGGUGCAUGAAUUACGAAAAUCAAAUUAAAUAAAAUUAGUGUUUUAUUACCUUUUUAAAACAAAGUACUAUAUUCCCUUUUUUCCUCAAAAUAACACGUUUUGAUAGUGUUACUGUUCAUUGCAAUAAGAGGUAGUAGUUGCUACUUGUCUUGGUUAAUCACUUUUUUCUUGCCAUUUUAUGUUGCCAUAAUAAAACAUAUAAUAUAAAAGGAUUGAAUUAUGGAUAAGAGGCAAAGGUUAUCAUCUUAAAAUGACUUUUUAGGAUCUAUUAAUUGUAGGAUUAAUUGAUUAGUUAAUUGUAAGAUAUGUUAAUCAUCAUACAUCACAGUUGCUUUCAGUGUUUAUUUCCCAAAACCAAAUGAACUCAUCAUUACCUACAAUUGAUUCUCGUGGAAUAAAAACCACCAAAAGACAUUAUUAAAUCAAUAUACCCCAGGCCAGAGAUAUUAACCCUUUGGUGUAUGAAUUGCUAAAAUCACAAAUUGAAAUAAUCUUUUAUUUCCUUUUUAUUGAAACAAAAACAAAAUCAUCCCCACCCUCUUUUUUUCCAAAAAUAAUGCAUUUUAGAUACAUUACUGUCCAUUACUGCAAUAAAAGACAGUAGUCAUUACUUGGUGUAUCACUGUUGAUUGCCAUUUUGAAUUUAUCUUGCCAUAAUAAAAUUGUCACAAUGAAUUUUGAAUUAAGAGUAAAAGGUUAUCACCAUAAAAAUGGCUUUUAAAGAUCUGUAGUGGACAUCAUGCAUCAAAGCGUUAAAUUAUACAACUUCCUAUAAUAAUAUCAUAACUUACAAGCAAAUCCUGGGAAUUGAAAUACCCCUCAAUAAAUGAUUUCACAUAGAAUUAUGUGACAUUAUAGAAGAAUCUAUUAUGCAAUAUAGCCCCGCCCCUUUCAUUACUUUCACUCCGUUUGGGAAGUUUCUGUCGUCUAGUGAUUAGCAUAAGAGCAGUGGGGACACGUGGCGACGUGGAUUGGGUAAAACCAGUCUUUGACGAUCAAAGGUCAUCGGUAUUGAUGUCUUCUUCAAAGAUGCCCAGAUUUGCUUCCACCCAGACAGUAUUCAGAGAGACUUAAGAAAAAACUGUGGAAUUAGCCAGCGAAUCCUACACGCUCGUGUGUUGCCUCCCAUCGGUCAGCUUUCAGCUCUGAUCUGCGUUCGGUGGCACUGAUUCCAGAUUCUCGAGUCUUGAGAAACCGCUUUGGACUUUUUUUUUCGUUAAAUUCAUCUUUUUUACACAUAGCAGAUGCCCUUAGGAUGGAAAUAAAUUACAUUCUCCGAGGUUCGGCUUAAAGGGGUCAUCGGAUGCAAAAUUCACUUUGCAAGUUGUGUACACGUCCAUCCUAUAAUGGUGGGGGUUUUUUUCAUCCCCUUUCUCAAAUCAGGCUUUUCUGGCCCCUCCCACAAUAGUUGAUUGACAGGGCAGUCUUACCUCAGCUCCGCCCUGAGUAAGCUGUCGUCCGUCUGUCAUUGCGGUGCAGAGGAAGACGAGGUGUCUCCUAUCGUUUAGUUGUUGGAUGAAUGAAUAUAGCAUUCGUCAUUUAGCCGAUCUGCCCAAAGUGUCUGUAUUUGUGCAAAACAUUCUAGGUUUUUUUAUAAAGCCUUUCCUAAUAAUGUGCUAGUUAGCCAGUUUCACGACUGAAGUUUAAAAUCCGAGAGAGGGGCGGAGUCAGCAGAGCUCAUUAGCAUUUAAAGAAACGCGCACUAGAUCGGCUUGUUGGAAAACGAGCUGAUUUUGACAGGGUAAAGGUGGUGUUUUUUACACCAUCAUUGAGAAAUUAGUUUUAUAUACUUUUCAUUAAGUCCCUGAAGAAUCCGAUGACCCCUUUAAAUACCUGUGCAGGUGUUUCCAGAAAUGCACGAUUGUGUGUGACGUUUUAGUCUGAUAAGCUUGCUUCAUCCUUCCAGAUGGUUUUGGUCGAAAGCCGGAUGAGACAUAAAGAGGUUACACGUCUCACUUUUUCUAUUUUUCCUUUGUAUUUCCUGUUCACCGCUCGUUCCUUCAUCUUCAGCUCUAUGCGUCUGAUAACCGUGUCCACUCGUUUCGUUCACCUCGGGAACCAAACAAGCUUUACACCUCUCUGAGAAAGAGAAAUGAGACUUGUACUUUUAUAUAUAUAUAUAAAUAUAUAUAUAUAGUCUGCACUUCACUGAUGAAAUAAUUAUUUUUCUUCUCACUUGUAUCUUGCACUUAACACAUGUAGCAAUACCUAUAGAAAGGGGAACUGUGUAAAUCACCAGUAUUCGUAAAGUGAAAUAUUCAUUUUAUCGCUGAUUGUUGUUCCAUUUUGUAUAAAACGAUAUUGUGUACAGGUUAAAAAUGAAACGAAACAAAAACAAAGCCAAAAAAAGGGACGAAAAAGAUGAAGACGACAACAGAAGUCUUUUAGAUAAACAUUAUUUAUUUUUACUGUUUUGUAAUUUAGACACUAUACUGUAGCUCCUCUAUUGCCAGACUUACUGGAAGUGCCUCUUGGUAUAAUGUAACAUACAGAAAAUAUAUAUUGAGAUUAUUAGAACCUGUCACAAGCUGAACAUUGUGGAUGUUGUAAUGUGAAUACAGUUUAAUAAUACGAGUGAAAUACUGUGGUAUUGAA